CAAAAAACUUCUUCUUCUUCUACUUCAAAGGUAUGUUUCACAACUAUUUGUAACAUCUUCUUCUUCUUCUUAUCUCAUUUAAAAUUAUUGCAAAGUAAAAACCUCUAAAGAGAGACACACACAAACAUAUUUUUUGUUUUUUCUGUUUGCAGACGUUCUCCUCUAAGAGAAGACACAUGGCAAACAGUUUAAUUAUGGGUUUUAACGAGCUAAAAUCACCACUUUCUUUACUAACUUUAUCAAAAGAGGCCAGCAUAAAUGCUAUAUACUAUGGAGCAGACAUGAGCAGCAUCCCAAAAGCAAUGCAAACUCAGAUUUUAGAAUAUGGUGAAAAUUGUGCCUCUCGCAGCAGCAGCAGCAGCAGACAUGUCAGCAGCAGCGGCAGCAGCAGAAGAAUUAGUCAGAGCGAUUUCAGCAGAAAACGAAUCACAUAAAUUUAGGAGCUUACAAGAACUGAUACCUGAUCAGAAUUAUCCCAUGAUCAGUGCCUCUCAUUUGAAAACACAACAUGGUGAUAGAAUUCUAGUGAAACUUGAAGUUGAUGGCCACAACAAGUCAUACAUUUUACCAGAACGCUACUUCAAAGAGAAAAUGUUCAAUUUAGACGAAAAAGAUAAUAAAAUCGACAUGACUGGUUAUUCAAUGUCUGUUCAACCAUAUGGUAGAACAUUUAAUAUUAAAGUAAACCAGAGCGAGUGUACAUCAACACAAUAG